AUCUGAAAACAUGUUUGUUUUGCGGAGGUCGAUUCGGGGGCUUUUUUGAAACGCACACAUAUGGAUGUCGUGUAUUUUUGUUGUGUUUUUUUUUCUACCUGUGCGUGUGUUUUCUGCAGAGGAGCGCUCAUUCACUAACGUCGCAUUGAAUCGCAUGAUGGUUUUCGGUCAGCUCGCGCACCGGCCAGGCUUCACCUAGCCUCGGUGCGCACAGUGUGGCUGUUUAUCAUAAAAAUGGAAGAUCCUGCGCGUCAAGAAAAGGCGUCAAUCCGGUGAUAUGCGUCUGAAUAACAGAUUUUUCCUCUGCGCGUCAGUUGACACGUCUGGGGAGGCAUUUUUCUCUCUCCUCCUUCCCUCCCGUCUACACCAAGACAGCUGUGUCAUCAACAACCGGCGUGGUUUUGUUGUUGUCUGAUUUUUACGAGCCUGGGCAACUGGAUCUCGGCGCGCACAGUCUGCAUCCGCGCCGGACACAGGCUGCUCGCCCACCAAGGUGAGUUGGGCCAUACAUCCCCUUCUCCAGAGUCUUCUUCUAUACCAUGAGCUCUGGCUCAGCCCAGGAUGUGGCAGUCGAGCAUUUCCUGCGUGACAUAGAGAGGCGGAGCAAGCGGCUACACUGCGCUGUGAUCGGAUGCGAGGAGGAGCGACCCCGCAGCGACAUGAACCUGCUGUAUCGUAAGAGCCGUUUGGACUGGAGGCAGAGGGACCAAGAGGGAAGCAAAAAGAGCUCCACCCAAAACGACCCCUCAGCUACCGUUGGGAAAGUCCGCGACUUGGCUUCUUUCCGGCGACACUUCCGGAUGGGUUUCAUGACCAUGCCGGCCUCCCAGGACCUGUCCCCUCACUCCUGUGCCUCUGCCAUGGCGCCGCGCUCGCAGUCCUGCCACGCCGUCGGUGCUGGGGAUACGAGUCUAGACAACGACGAUUACUCUGACACCCAGUCCCAGCACGGUUGCCGCUGCCCCCCAGCCAAACCCAAACGUCAUCCAAGCACUCGCCUCACCUCGUCAUCCGCCGACAGCAGAGGACACCCUGAGACGCCACCACCCACUCACUCACAGACCAAACACUCCGAGAAGAAAAACGUCAUGAAGAAGUCUGACUCUGGAGAGAUUGGAACCAAAAAGGUGCCUCCUUUAAAGCCCAAGAGAAGUCCCAGCACCCAGCUUACCUUCGACACCCUUCCUCCACGCGUGCCUCCUUCUGCCACAUCCCUGCCUUUCCAGGCAACAGACUCUCAGAUUCAGAGGGGAGACGGGGAUGAUGAGCCAGUCUAUAUAGAGAUGGUGGGCCAGGUGUUCACCAGAGACAGCCAGACAGCCACCCCCCACCCCGUCACCCCGGUGGCCACCACACCAGAUUCUGACUCGGACCAGAGUGAGGCCAUCUAUGAGGAGAUGAAAUACCCGUCGCAAGAGGACAGAGAUUCCCAUCGACACCUCCCUCCCAAACACGAGAAACUUAAAAACUCCAAACACUACCACGUUACCCCCUCCUCCUCCAGCAGCUCCUCCUCUUUACCGCGCCCCUCGUCUUCCUCGCCCUCGUACUCCAAACCCAAAGCUACCGUGUCGAUCUCUCAUUCAUCUCCUCUGCCUUCCUCCGCAUCCUCCACCCCCAUCCCGCAGGUCCUCUCCACCAGUCCACACACGCCACGUGCUCCCACUCCUUACCUGCUGCAAGGGAGUAAAUCCGAGUCAGAGACCAACACCAAGAUCCCGGCGCCUUUCCCCAAUCUCCUGCAGCACCGGCCCCCGCUGCUCGCCUUCCCUCAGCCUGCAGCUGCCUCUAGCGGGGUCGGGGUGCAAAACAAAGGGUCUGCCUCUGCUAAAAUGGGAACUCAAACCUCCAGUGCGACCACACAAGCCAGCAUCUCCUCAUCAGCCUCUUCUAAUCUUCCUAUAUCACUGUCGGGCUCCAAGGAGUCGUCGGGAGGAAGUUCCCAGCAGGAUAAACACAACAGAGACUCCCAGUUGGGUCCAGCUCCUGGACUGAGAGCCAGGAGUCACUCCACGCCCCUGCCUCCUUCCUCCAAAUCCACCUCCCCUUUCUCCCAUCACCACCACCACCCGCACCAUCGCCCCUCACACUACCAUCACUAUCGCAAGCCAGAGAGGGGAGACUCCCCGGCUCCCAUCAAGGGCAGCUCUCAGACUUCCAACCAGGCCACCGCCCAGACCCAAACCUCAAGUACAGGCAAGGAGGGCAAGUCUGUUAGCUUCCUCUUGAAGUCCGAUAAAGGAGAGAGGGAUAAGGAUAGGGACAGGGACAAGGAUAGGGACAGGGACCGAGACAGAGACAGAGACAGGGUUAGAGACAGUCACAGGGAGAGAGACAGUCACAGGGAGAGAGAUGGUCACAGGGAGAGAGACAGUCACAGGGAGAGAGACAGUCACAGGGACAGAGACAGUCACAGGGACAGAGACAGUCACAGGGAGAGAGACAGAGACAAGGAGAAAGACAAGGAUAGAGAUAGAGACAGGGACAGAGAUAAGGAGAGAGAGAGAGAAAGGGAUCGGGAUAGGGACGGAGGGCCUCACUCCUUACCGAUCGAAUGCCUCACUGCCAGUAGCAGCCAAACAUCUCAAAGCAACACCAGCUCAACCCCAACGCCGUUAUCCUCAUCCCAGCGUCCUCAUUCUCGGCCACAUCUUCGCUCUCACACGCCACACGGCCUGCCAGCGUACAAGCCCCCCUCUUCAGACAGCCCCCUGCUGUGGACCUACCCCUCUGGUGGCUUCCGGAGGCCGCCGGCUUACGAGAGCCUGAGAGGAAGCUCUCAGACGCCGUCGCUGCAGCAGCCCUUGAGUCUCACCGGCGUAGGUGAAAGGGUAUCCAAGAGUAAUGGAGGGUCUGGGUCCCACCAUUCAAAAGUUGGCUUCAUGCCAUGGGACAGCAGUGCCAGCUUAACCGCGGACGAGGGGUCUUACUGGCCUAUGCAGAGGAAACUGUCCUUCAGCCAUGGGAGCAGAGAAACAGAGAAGGAUGAAGGGCGUGCAUGGAAUGGAAGUGCCGAUGCCUUGUUAAGGAUGGAUAAAGAGGAGCUGGGGCUGGGGUCUCGAGGAGGCCACUCAGGCAUCCCAGUCCACUUCAGUGGCGCCACCAGCAGGGCCCUCGGUCACAGUGAGUCCUUGGCUGGUGUUGAUAACAGCCUGGGAUUCAGAGCCCUGCCCAGAUUAGGGCUGCCUCUUCCCUGCCAGACCUUCCCCGCCUGUCGCAAUGGAGAAGUGGGGCGGCUGGGCCGCUCCUCCUCUGCUGCUGGAGUGAGACAGGUGGGUGGAGGCGACGUCCAGAGACAGAGCAGUCUACCAGCACGAGAAGCCCUGAAUCAGAUGCACGGUCUCGCCCAGCCACAAGCGCCCUGCAGUCCCAGCAGUCCAAGCGUGUCUCGGCAGCAGCAGCAGCUUCAGCUCCACCAGCAGCAGCUUCAGUUAAAGCAGCAGCUCCAGCAGCUUCAGAAACAGCACCACCUGCAGCUGCAGUUCCAGCAGCUCGCCCAGCUGGCACAGGGACAGCCUCAUGUCAGCGGAGGCACCACCCAAUCCACAAUGCAGAGCCAGAGAGACGGCAAGCUGCUGGAAGUCAUAGAGCGUAAACGCUGCCUGUGCAAAGAGAUCAAGGCCCACAGGCGCCCUGACAAAAGCCUGUGCAAGCAGGACAGCAUGCCCAUCCUCCCUAGCUGGAGACGGACACCUGAGCCUCGUAAGACUGGCACGCCACCCUGCCAGAGGCCGCAAGCCGUCGUGUGGGACACUGCUAUCUGAGGCGAAAAAGGACAGCCAAGCAAGAAUGUCACAGAAUACACAAAAAAGACAGAUGUGCAAAAGAUGAAUGAACAAUUAAGAAGAGAUGAGUUGAAAUGGGUUUGGUAAGAGGAAUAUUCUUGAGAUGAUUGGUGGUGAGAUGAUUGCCACAGAGGAAAGAAAGAUUUUGGACGAAGUAGAAGAAAUUUGCCAGCACUCUAAGUGUGUUAUACAGAAAAUGAGAACAGUAAUAACGAUUUCUGGAGACUCAUUUGGAAAAACAGACAAAAAAAGGCUGAUAAAAGAGGUGAAGAAAAACAGGUCUUACAAUCAGAUUAAUUAAUUUCUUACCCAGUUGAUUUGUACUUGCUCUCUACUACUGUAUGUACUCAGUUGUUCUAAUUGCCAACGAUUUUUGCCACAAAACACCAGUGCUAUUGCUACAAAGUGAAGACACCAACUAAACAAUAACGGGUGGGAUCUACUCUGAGAUUGGUGUUGCCAAAUUUCCUCCUGACUACUUGAGACAUGAGAAUCAUGUAUUUUCCUCCAGCACACAGUCGUCCAAACACACUGCUCUGUGGAUGAGAAAAGGCCAGACUCGUUGACAAGUUAUCGAAGUGUUUCUUGAAAUCGUGAAUGCAUAUGAGAUGUCUUAAUAGAUUGUCAUUGUGGAUGCAAAUAAUCAUCACCGAGGAGUAAAAGCUACCUACUGUAUCUGUUUGCAUAUUUGUAAUGUAUCUAUUUACUUUCUCAACGUUUCUGCAAUUUUAUAGCAAUAUGCUCCCAGUGCUGGAGCACCAUGAUUAAAACUUGUGUCAACUAGCCUAACAUACAUAUCUAAGACUUGAAUAAGUCAUAUUUACUGUGUCAUUCUCUGCAUGUCACAAUAGACAUACAGUAUUGUAAAAAAAAAGAUAAUAUAUAUAUAUGUGUAGAGAUGAUCAUGUCAGACUUUUACAUACAGCAUUCUUCACUAUGAUAAAAUCAUGUGGUUGUACAAAAACAUGUUGCUUGGGGUAUCAUUGUGAAAAACAGUGGUGUGACAGAUGGCACAUCACGUGCGGUCCAGUCAAACAUACAGUAGGUAGAGAUCAAUGGUACAAAAAUCAUCACCGCUCAUGCUUAUACCCACAGUUGCACAUUAGUGAUUGUUCCUCCACACAGAACAACAAGCACUGACACCCAUCAACACAGACUGUACAACAUGGUGCAACUGAUAAGACUGUGAGUAGUGAUCACCUCAAACAGAAUGCUGGAACAAUCUGCACAAAAACAUGGUAUACGCUUAGGAGGAAUUAAACCCUAAUGUAUUGUAAAUAGAUAUGUACAACUGGAUUGAAAAUGUAGCAGUUAUUUCCAUUUUCAUACUUGUAAUCAGUACAUAUAAUGUAGCAUAUACUGUAUAAACAUAACUUUGUCCACUCGUUUUUUCUAAAAAGAAUUAAGUACUUUAUCUGCUGCAGCCACUCCAUGCAUUAUAUAUAGUUCAACUAAUAAACAGUAAGCCCUCUAAAAGAAAGGUACAGUCCCACAGUUGUUUAUUUAAAUUUAUGCAAGAUUCCCUUUAAGAUGUGUUAUUGUUUUAUCUAUGUCUUUUUUUCUACAUUCACUUUUAUUUAUGUACAGAUUUCUUUUUCUUUUUUUUUUAAAAAUACUUUGCUGCUAUCUUGAACUACUGGUGUUGUUCGUUCAACGACAUGGUGUUACCACGAGAAACAUUUAUUACUACAGUGCAUAUUGUUACAUAUUUGUUUUACUUCUGAAAGCCACAUGAAUUGGAAUUUGUAUCUUGAAGAGUGAGCCCUUCUGUAAUAGUAUUAAGGCACCUGAAUGUCUCUUGGUUGUUGUUGUUUGAUGAUAGUUAUGGCACCAAACUGUACAGUACAGUACACCCCGUGAAAAGACGACCUAUCUAAAUGUUUGAGAGUCACUGCUUGGCCUUUUGUUUUAGUUCCACCUGCUUGUGUUUGACAGUCGAGGGUUUUCAGGCUGAGUCCAUUUUCAAACAAACACAGGCCAGGUUGAUGGAAAUGGGCAAGUGCAAUGCAUGCAGAGAUUCCUUAUACUGAAAAGUUUCCAAAUGAUGCUCAUUAUUGUGCCCAGUUUAAUUUCAGAUACCAAGUGAUCAUCUUACCAUGAUUCCUUUUCACUGACAGAUGUGGAAACCCGAGGUAUCAUCUCCCAAGAUAGUUUACAGAAGCCGUUGAUUUUGUGUGUCUACUAAACGGUGGCCAUUAUAUGAGUGCCAUACUAUAUUGAUAUGGUGAGAUACGGUGUACCUUGGAAAUCACUGUAGUGCUAUAUUUGCAUUGAUAUUGUCAUUAAAAUAAAUUUUAUAUAAUGAACUUUACACAACAAA